UACGCCGCCGAGCUGCGCGAGACGGCGUCGGCGAUGGUGGCGCCGGGCAAGGGUCUGCUUGCCUGCGACGAGUCCACCGGCACCGUCGGCACACGGCUCGAGAGCAUCGGCCUCGAGAACAACGAGGCCAACCGCCAAAAGUGGCGCAACCUCCUCUUCACCACGAAGGGCAUUGGGCAGUACAUCUCGGGCGCGAUUCUCUUCGAGGCGAGAGCUCAAGGCUGGCCCUCCCACCCACCAGAGGGCAAAGCGAACGCGCCGCGCCCCGCUCUGCCACCGCAGGAGACGCUCUUCCAGGACGACCCGGCCGGCAAGCCCUUCGUCGACGUGCUGAAGGGCAACGGCAUCAUCCCGGGCAUCAAGGUUGACACGGGCCUCAUCCCGCUCUGCGGCGGCGGCGACGGAGAGAAGUGGUGCCGCGGCCUCGACAACCUCGCGGAGCGGUGCGCGGGGUACUACAAGCAGGGAGCGCGUUUCGCCAAGUGGCGCACCGCCCUCACCAUCAACGUGGCGGCCGGCUGCCCCACCGAUCUGGCGAUUGACGUCGCGGCGCAGGACCUUGCCCGCUACGCGCGCAUCUGCCAGGAGAACGGCCUCGUGCCAAUCGUCGAGCCGGAGAUCCUGCUCGACGGU